AUGGACAGGCAGAUCUCCCGCGUUGCAAUCAUCGGCGUCGGCCAGGUCGGUGCUGCGGUCGCAUACGCCCUCAUCCUGGGCUCCGUCACAGACGAGCUGCUCAUCGUCGACAUCCGCGCAGAAUGGCGGGACAGCCAGGCGCGCGACCUGACCGAUGUCGCAUACGCACACGGGAGCAGGACGCGCGUUCACGCCGCAGGGUAUCGCGAGGCCGGCCAGUGCGAUAUUGUGGUGAUUACUGCGGGGUCGAAGUUUUCAUACGGCCAAACAAGCCUGGACUACCUGUACCGCAACACGGGGAUCCUCCGGUCCGUCGUCAACGAGAUGAAGCCGUUCCGGUCCGACACGAUCCUGCUUGUCGUUGCGAACCCGGUCGAUCUGCUGACCUCACUGGCCAAGGAGCUCUCAGGGCUCCCGCCUUCGCAGGUCCUGGGGUCCGGCACGUUUCUUGAUUCCGUGAGGCUGCGGGGCCUCCUGGCGGACAAGGCUGGUAUCGCACAGAGCUCGAUAGACCUGUACGUCCUGGGCAUCCACGGCGACGCCCAAGUCGCCGUCUGGUCCACAGCGACAAUCGGCGGCGUCCCACUGGACAAGGCGGCGCUCCCCUGCAUGGCCACCGAGGCUGACAAGGCAAGUCUUGCCCGCGAAUGCCGGAACCAGUCGCGCAGCAUUGUCGCGGCCAAGGGGGCGACGCCCUUUGGGAUCGGAUCCGUCGUGUCUAGUAUCUGUACCUCAAUCCUGCAGGACCGGCGCAAUGUACGGCCUAUCAGCCACUUCCAGCCGGAGUUUGGAUGCUAUUUCAGCUUGCCGGUUGUCCUGGGGCGCACGGGGGUUGUUCAGCGGGUUCCCGCGGGGCUGAGUGCCCGUGAGCAGGAGGCGAUUGUGAAGUCGGCGCAGGAGUUAAAGUGCACCUUGGAUCGGGUGCAGGAGCAGUACUGA